AUGGGUGAUACGAGUGGAAAAGUCGUAGCUGGUGGCAAUGGCCAAGGAAGUCGAUUGGAUCGAUUAUAUUAUCCAACCGAUGUCUUAAUCGACAAAGAGUCUGAUAGUCUCAUUAUUUGUGAUCGAGUGAAUCAACGAGUUGUACGAUGGUCUCGUCGUAGUGGCACAACUCAAGGUGAAAUCCUCAUCGAUAAUAUAGAUUGUGCUGGAUUGGCCAUGGAUGAUCAGGGAUAUCUCUACGUCUCUGACAUCGAGAAACAUGAAGUAAGGCGAUAUCAAAUAGGAGACAAGAAUGGAACUCUUGUGGCUGGUGGUAAUGGCAAAGGUGCUGAUCUCAAUCAACUCAACGAGCCGACAUACAUCGUUGUCGAUCAACAACAGACUGUCUACGUGUCAGACAACUACAAUCAUCGUGUAAUGAAAUGGACUAAAGGUGCAAAAAAAGGCAUUGUCGUUGCUGGAGGCCAAGGCGAAGGAAAUGCUCUGACACAAUUGACGAAGCCUAAUGCACUGUUCGUCGAUACAUUGGGUACCAUCUAUGUGGCAGACUCGUCGAAUCAUCGAGUAAUGCGUUGGCCUAAAGGAUCGAAACAAGGCACUGUCAUUGUGGAUGGAAAUGGUGAAGGAGCUGGAGCAAAUCAGUUCAAAUAUUUCCGUGGUUUGUCCUUCGAUCGACAAGGCAAUCUCUAUGUCGUCGAUGAGGACAACCAUCGUGUUCAACGUUUUUCAAUUGAAUGA